AUGUCAGACACCAUGAAAUGGCUGUUCCACACCUGUGGAGCGAUUGGGCCGGAGGGGCCGACUCAGAGUCAGUGCAACAUCGCGUACCGCAACAGCAAUGUUAAUGUCACAGUGGGGACAAGAGCUCCUUACCAGGGAAUACAGAGCUGGAUAGUGCCCGAGACGGGGGAAUACAGGAUCACGGCUUUGGGAGCGCGCGGGGGGCUGAGCGUCAUGAACAUGGAGAAGUCACACGGCAUCUGGAUCGUGGGCGACUUCCACCUGCAGAAAGGGGAGGAGCUACGCAUGCUGGUGGGGCAGAGAGGAGAGGACGCCUGCUCAAAUGUGACCCCCACCCUCAGCAGGUUUUGUUCGGAGCAGAAGGGGCCCGUGGUGAACAAGACCAUGAUCAAAGGAGGAGGGGGAGGGGGAGGCGGCGGAACCUACGUCUUCAAGGUGGUGAAUGGGAGGCAUAUCCCGCUCCUGAUCGCGGCCGGAGGGGGAGGAAGAGGCUACAACAGCCCCCCCGAGAACCAGCUGGAGAUCAUGGACAUGGACGAUCAGCUGCUGGGCAGCAACGGCCUCUCAGCCGCUGCAGGUGGAGGUGGGGGCUGGAAUGACGGCACCCCGAGUCCGCAGGGGGGUCGGCCCCUGGUGCUGGGGGGCCAGGGGGGGCACCCGUGCCAGACCAUUGGCUGGAAGACCCACGGGGGCUUUGGGGGCGGCGGAGGAGCCUGCACCACAGGAGGCGGAGGAGGCGGCUACAGAGGUGGAAACACUUCAAAGGAGAAUGACCCCAAAGUGGCCGGACAGGACGGAACCUCCUUCAUCAGUCCAGAGGGGAAAGCCUACUUGGAGGCCAUGAAAGUGGCGGAUGAGGAUGGCGAGGUGUCUAUUGAGCCGGUGCUGAACUGCAGCCACUGUGAGACGGGCGAGUGCCACUUCACAGAGGAGGGUGUCCAGUGCUACUGUGAGAAGGGACACCUGCUGAUGCGCAGAGGGGCGCUCAUGGUCUGCGUCAACAACACAGGGCUGCCCAUGGUGCCUCCUCAGCCCACCCUGUCCCACCUGGCCCUGGGCCUCUCGGUCGGCACCUCCGCCCUCAUCGCUGCUCUCCUCCUGGUGGUCUCCGGGGUCAUGAUCAUGUACCGGCGUAAGCACACGGAGCUGCAGUCCAUCCAGCUGGAGCUGCAGAGCCCGGACUGCAAGCUGAGCAAGCUGCGGGCCUCCACCAUCAUGACGGACUACAACCCCAACUACUGCUUCGCCGGCAAGACCGUCUCCGUCAGCGACCUGAAGGAGGUGCCCCGACGCAACAUCUCCCUCUCCAGGGGUCUGGGUCACGGUGCCUUCGGUGAGGUGUAUGAGGGAGUGGCAGUGGGAAUACCAGGGGAACCCAGCCCUAUGCAGGUGGCAGUCAAGACCCUUCCUGAGGUGUGUUCGGAGCAAGAUGAGUUGGACUUCCUUAUGGAGGCUCUCAUCAUCAGUAAGUUCAGCCACCAGAACAUCGUGCGGUGUGUAGGGGUGAGCCUUCAGGCCCUGCCACGCUUCAUACUGCUGGAACUGAUGGCUGGAGGAGACCUCAAGUCUUUCCUCAGAGAGACAAGACCCAGACUGGACCAGCCAUCGAAUCUGACCAUGGUGGACCUGCUGAAUGUAGCCAGAGAUAUCGCACGAGGCUGCCAGUACUUAGAGGAGAACCAGUUUAUCCACAGAGACAUAGCGGCCAGGAACUGCCUGCUGACGUGUAAGGGGACAGACCGGGUGGCCAAGAUCGGGGACUUCGGCAUGGCCAGAGACAUCUACAGGGCGAGUUACUACAGGAAAGGUGGGCGUGCCAUGCUGCCGGUCAAGUGGAUGCCACCAGAAGCCUUCAUGGAGGGAAUCUUCACAUCCAAAACUGACACAUGGUCGUUUGGGGUGUUGCUGUGGGAGAUCUUCUCGCUAGGCUACAUGCCGUACCCCAGCCGUAGCAACCAGGAGGUUCUAGAGUUCGUGACAAACGGAGGCCGCAUGGAUCCGCCCAAGGGAUGCCCGGGACCAGUGUACCGGAUAAUGACCCAGUGUUGGCAGCACCAACCUGAAGAUCGGCCAAAUUUCCGCACCAUCCUGGAGAGAAUCGACUUCUGCCUGCAGGACCCCGAGGUGGUAACGGCCCCUCUGGCCGUGGAGUACGGCCCCAUAGCGGAGGAAGAGGAGCGUGUAGCCCUGAACCCUGACGACCCCACGGCCACCACCAACACCACCAGCACCAGCAACACCAGCGCCCGCACCGCCGCGCAGGGCACACCAGAGGGCGCCGAGACGCCCCUCACCAUCUGUGAGGAGCCCCUGCUGCUGCGAGGAGGAGGUGGAGGAGGAGGCAAGAUGAUGGGGAUGGAGGACCCCCUGUUAAUGCCCGGCCACCACCUCCACCCCCACCACCAGCACCAUCCCAACGCGCACUCGGGCGAGAAGGACGGCCACGGCGGCGUCGGUGUCACCGGCGGCAACAGCGGCGGCGGUGGCGGGGGGAAGCCCACCAACCUGUGGAACCCCACCUACGGUUCCUGCAGCAGCAGCAGCUGA